AUGGACUCAUUCUAUGAAUUUGAACAAAAUUUCAACACAACAAAGUCUCACCAAUGGAUGGCCGAUAACUGGCACAACUCGGUCUACCUGUCCAUCGUCUACAUAUGUCUGAUAUCGGUCACUAAGUUUCAAAUGCAAAACAGAAAGGCAUUUGAAAUAAACAGAUAUCUAUUCGCAUGGAAUGCUGUGUUGACUAUAUUCUCAACCAUUGGUACCAUUAGAGCCAUAGCUGAGGUGAGGUACGUAUUGGCAAAUCACGGUAUGGUAGCCUCGGUAUGCAGUCAAGCCUAUCAUACACGGGGCUCAGGCCUAUGGGCACUCCUAUUCUCAUUAUCCAAAGUAUUAGAAUUAUUGGACACAAUGUUUUUGGUGUUGCGAAAAAAGCCGGUCAUAUUCCUGCACUGGUACCACCACGUGACCGUGCUCAUGUUUUGCUGGUACUCGUACUCGCUCAAUGCCAGCACCGGACGAUGGUUCACCCUGGUCAACUAUACCAUACACUCAUUUAUGUACGCCUAUUACGCCGCGCAGGCCAUAGGCGUGAGAGUGCCCUCAAAACUAUCGAAAACCAUAACAAUCGCACAGAUAUUUCAAAUGGUUUUCGGGGUUUUCAUAAAUUUGGUUUCACUGGUACUGAGGGCUACCACUCAUAAGAGUUGUGGCGUUCAGUAUCAAUACACUGCCGUUAGUCUGACACUGUAUUCAACAUAUUUUUAUUUGUUUCACCAAUUCUUUAAAAACAGAUACAAUAAAACUAAAGCCAUUAAACAGAAAUAG